AUGUCCACCAUGUACACAUCCAAGAGAAGCACAUCUGCCGACCCGACGCCCGCGCAGCUCAACCCGAGAUGGACAACAGAGCGCUGCAGACCGAGAGAUUUUCCACCUUACUUCAUCUUCUUCUACCGCGACGGCGUUGGCGACGGUGACAUCUCGCAUGUGAUGGAUUUCGAAGUGAAGAAGCUUGCAUCCGAUCUCAAGAGGAUGUACGGCCCGAAACCGCCGAAGCUGACCUUCAUCGUCGUCUCUAAGCAAAUCAAUACGCGCUUCUUCAGGAAGAACCCCAGAAGUGGCGUCCAGAAUCCACCGAGCGGAACCGUUGUGGACGACAUGAUCACGCUGCCGGAGCGCUACGACUUCUUCUUGGUAUCCCAGAGCACCCGCUCAGGAACCAUUUCUCCAGCCAGCUACAACGUGAUCUUCGACGAGUCAGGUCUGUCUCCAGAUAGGAUCCAGAUAUGGACGUACAAGAUGACGCAUCUGUACUACAACUGGAGCGGGAAUGUCAAGGUUCCGGCCGUUUGCCAGUACGCUCAGAAGCUGGCGCUGCUCGUCGGGCAGUACAUUCAUCAGGAUCCGAGUAAUCUCCUGGAGACACAACUUUACUUCCUCUGA